AUGCCUUUGUCACGGUCCCUCCUUUCGCGGAGGAUCUCGAUUUCAUUCAGGGACCAGCGAAAGACGACACCGGAAGCCGAUUCCCACGAAUCGCCGAUGAUGCUUCCGCCGCCGUCGGAUAUGGCUGGGCCAUCGUCGUGGUCGGCGAUGCUCCCUGAGUUACUGGGCGAGAUCAUACGCCGCGUGGAGGAGAGCGAGGACCAGUGGCCUCAACGUCGUGACGUCGUCGCUUGCGCCUGCGUCUCCAAGCAGUGGCGAGGGAUUACUCAGGAUAUCGUUAGAUCUCCCCAAAACUCCGGCAAAAUCACUUUCCCUUCUUGCCUCAAAUUGCCAGGUCCCAGAGAACUUUCCAAUCAGUGCUUGAUAAAGAGGAACAAGAAGACAUCAACUUUUUACUUGUACCUCGCUCUAUCACCAUCAUUUACUGAUAAGGGAAAGUUUCUUCUGGCGGCGCGGAGGUUCAGGACCGGUGCUUACACCGAGUACAUCAUAUCACUUGAUGCUGAUGAUUUCUCUCAGGGAAGCAAUGCUUACGUUGGGAAAUUAAGAUCGGAUUUUCUUGGGACCAACUUUACAGUAUACGAUAGCCAACCGCCACACAACGGAGCUAAGCCUUCAAACGGCAAAGCCAGUCGCAGAUUUACAUCGAAGCAGAUAAGCCCGCAAGUUCCAGCAGGAAACUUCGAAGUGGGUCAUGUUUCUUAUAAAUUCAACCUCUUGAAAUCAAGAGGUCCAAGAAGAAUGGUGAGCACACUCCGUUGCCCAUCCUCAUCACCACCACCACCAUCAUCACCGUCGUCAUCAUCCGCUAGUCUUUGUUUUGACCAAAAGCCAUGUGAUGUCACCAAGAUGAUGAGAAAACCCAACAAGGACGGUUCUGGAUUCACGAUUCUAAAGAACAAAGCUCCGAGAUGGCACGAGCACUUACAAUGCUGGUGCCUCAACUUCCAUGGACGAGUCACCGUUGCUUCGGUCAAGAACUUCCAGCUGGUUGCGACCGUUGACCAGAGUCAACCGAGCGGUAAAGGUGACGAAGAGACAGUGCUUCUUCAGUUUGGUAAAGUCGGAGAUGACACAUUCACCAUGGAUUAUAGACAGCCUCUCUCUGCUUUUCAGGCUUUUGCUAUCUGUCUUACAAGUUUCGGCACUAAACUUGCCUGCGAGUGA